UAGCUUUAUAAACGCUGUCUCACCAAAACAAUAACAUUGUGGAUGAGAAGUUUAAACGAGAUGGCGGUCUCGUGUGUAAUUGUGUUUGCUCUUUUAAACUAUGUGACAGCUACUCCACAUGAUUAUGCAAAAACCGGAGCUAUAGCAAAAGCUGAAGCACAUGCUGUCGCAGGAGGUUUUGGUUCGCUACCAGUAAUCCCUUUAAGUAUACCGAGUGGCACUGGAUAUUCAGGAGGCUUCUCGAAAUCUUCGUCAUCUAGCUACGCUGCAUCCAGUGCAAGUGCGAGUUCAAGCUCAAGUUCCUAUAGUUUUAGCAGUAAUAACGGAAUAGCCGGUAUUGGAUGUAAUACUGGUACCUGUAAAGGUAGUGAAAGUACCAUACCAUCAUCAAUUAACGGAUCUCCCAAUGGUCAAAUAACAUUUACACAUGAAAGUAGCGAAGCGCAGGCCGCAGCUGAAGCGAAAGCUGCAUCACAAUCAUCAACUUAUUUUAGUAGCGGCAGUAUUGCACCCUGUCAAUCAGGCAAUUGCUUUGGCCCGACAAAAUGUGUUACAGGUCAGUGUAACAAAUCUGCCGAAAAUUUUUUGUCUAAUGCCGCUGGAAGUGGAAGUGUAAUACAAAGUGCAAAUACUGAUAAAACGCCAAAAUGUGCGACAGGAAACUGUUUUCCAACCACAAAUCAAGCAGCAGACAAUAUAAACAAUUCAGAUGAUAUUGAAGUGAACGUCGAUGAAAACUUAAAACGCGGCUCUAACUCUUAUAACUCCAAAAAUCCACAAUUUGACAAUUCAAUUAAAAGCUCUUCCUCGAAUUCUCAGAAAUGUAACGGUGCGAACUGUGAUACAUUUUUGGCUUUAUCUCCAACGGACACCGCCCCGUCAUUUGCUCCUGAAAAGCCAGCAACUCAUCUAGUUACUCCUAAUUUCAGACCGAUAUGUACAUCCCAUAAUUGCCAAACAGACGCUACUCCGAAUAACAUUAAUGGAAAACCUAGCAGUUAUAAUGUUCCCAUUUUAGGAACCAAUCCUAAUUUUCAACAAAAUAUUCCCGUAAACCCUUCCACUAAACCAUUUCCUAAUAUUCCAUCAAGUGCGGGACACGAAUCUAACUGUGGACCCAAUGGCUGUGGGUCUAAUAUACAAACUAUAACUGAUUUUGGACUAAAAACUCCAAAAUAUUCACAUGUUUCUAACCCACCACCACAGAAUUUUGGGAUUUUGUCUGGUGUAGCUCCAAAACCUUCAUAUAAUACUUCCCCUUGUACUACUCCAAAUUGUGGCAGUUUCCUAUUGCCUAAUGAAAAUAAUUCGGGUUGGACUAAUAAAAUAAAACCAAGCGACUUGACUUCAGUAAACCACAAUGCUCCAACUUAUACCAAUGUCGUUGGAAGUAACACAGGAUCCACUACGCAAUAUCCAGGACACACUGGCACUGGAAAUUUUUAUAACGUUGCUAACAAUAAGGUUCCUUCCUACUUAGGUGAUUUCAAUACACCUAAAGGAUCUUUGAAUGGUGUUGUUUUUCCAAGUAUAUCAAGCACAGUUAAACCAAAUUUAGUCACUGAAUCGAGUCUUCCAAAGUAUACAGGUGGAUUUGGAGGGCCAAAAGGACCUGUAGAUGCAGCAAUUCGUCCAGGAUCUCUUAUCACACAUAAACCUCAUGUGAAUGAAGCGCCCACUGAAUCUAACCUACCUCGGUACACCGGCGGUUUUGGUGGACCCAGUGGAUCUGUUACAGCCGCAUUAAAACCAGGACUCUUUACAACAUCCAAACCAAACGUGGAUAUAAAACCUGCACCUGAAACAGUCUACACGGGAGGAUUCAGUGGAUUGAACAUGAAUAAACCCUUAAUAAACACCAACCCUACACAUGGUAGUGGUUAUACAAUACCAAAUUACUUGAACACUGGAGUUUCCACCUUUACGACACCAUCAACAACUUUUGUUACUAAUCUUGAUCAUCAAGUUGCGGUCAAUUCUCAUAAUUUACAAAAUCCCAUAAAUGAAAAGGAAAAGCUACCAAAAUAUACAGGUGGUUUUGGUGGACCACAGGGAAUAUUAAAUCCAAAUGAAUUUACCAUGCCCUCAAAAUUACCUUCUGUCUUUCCAACGUCGCCUUGUGCUACAACUGGUUGCAACUCAAAACCUGUUUUAAAUGAAAACCACAACAACGCUGACGUCAGUGCUAAUGCUCAGGCAAAUGCUAAAGAUGUUGUUUAUUCUGGCGGAUUUGGCGGUCCAUCAGGUGUAUUAGAACCUUCUGAAAAAGACCAGAAUAUUAAUACGGGGAAAAAUAAACAAGAUAGUGUCGAAUCUGAUAUCAAAACGAACAGUUAUAUACAUCAAAAAACACCUAGCCACGAUUCAACCAACAUACAAGCUAAUGCUGGACUUGAAACCGUCGAUGCUAGUGGUGGAACUAAAUAUAACACCCAGAAUGCUGAUACCAAUUUGCAUAUUCAGAAUAACCAAUUCCCCAAUAAAGGUAUGAAUGAAAAUAGCAACUCUGAAAAAGACGGCGAAUUAAAUGAAUAUAUUAAACAAGCCAAUAGCGCAGGUUCUUCUCCAGGGGUAGGAUUACAAUACAGUGGAUCUCCAAUGUCACCAGAUCUUAAUGCAAAUAUAGAUAAAAAGGAAGACGCAGAAACUAUGCUCAACGAUUAUAUAAAACAAGCCAAUUUUGCAGGAGCUUUUGCGAAGGCGGGAGCACAAUCAAAUGCAAAUAGCGCGUCGUCAGCUGUAGAUGCAAACGCUUAUGGCAAUUCCGAUAAUGGCAAUAUGUUAAAUGAUUAUAUUAAACAAGCUAAUAUCGCCAGCGCAUUUGCCAGCGCUGGGGCAGAAUCUAAUGUUGGUGAUCAAGAGAACUUCGUAGCGUUAUCUGGUUCACAAGCUAACCUUAAUUCAGGUUGUAAUGCGUGUAAAUCAAGUUUAAAUUCGGGAGCUGUUGCUGGAGCCACAGCUGCGGCAAAAGGUCAUUCUAGUGCAAGCAGCUGGGCAAAUGGAAAAAGUCUUACUAGUGGAACAGCCGCAGCCUAUGCUGCAGCAGGGGCUUCAGUAAAAGGAGGUUAUGGAAGAAGAUAAAAGAUUGAUGAUGAUUCUAAUAUUAAAAUCAAAAAUGUGACUAACGCUAGAGUUUGUUGAACUUCUAAGACUUAUGACUUAUGGUAAUCUAUACGCUUGUGAUAUUUAAGUGAGAUAGACCUACGUUUUUUAAUUAUAUUUUGUUAUUGAGAAUUAUGUAGUGAACAAAAUAAACAUUUUUAUUUUUA